CUUCCCCUUAAUUCUGGUGCACAGUUGAUCAGCAGCAAGAACCGCUGCUUGAACCUUGGGAAACAACGCCAUGUUUCUAGCCCAGCUCCACAUGUCUGGAUCAAGAGUCGCAGUUGCUGACAGCCCUGCAUCUUUCUCGAGAAGGUAUGUGACAACAUCUUCUAAACGUUGGAGCGGCAGCUCCAACCUUAGUGAAUGUGCGAGGCACUCGAAUGGGAUGAAGUCUGUGUCUACUGCCAUGCCCUGAAUGGCACAUCUGGGCUGACUAAGCUACUCGAACCUCCGGAAAACCCCUGCCUCUGCGACCCUUUGACUAGGGGGUGCCCCACUCCAAGUGCUCCCCUUGAAAAAAACCUGGUGGCGUCCUUGUCGCUCAUGCACUGCUCUCCUCUGCUCUUUGCCAUCUCACCCUUGGCCUUCCUCAUCUUUGUUGUUGCCCUCACUCUCUUGCUCUCUCGUUUCUUUCCCAUUCCUUAUUUCCUGGUCUUUGUCAUUAUCUGCUUCUUCAUCUUGGUUUUCCUCAUUGUCCUCCUCUGUUCUGCAUCCUCUUCCUUGUAUGUUUCUGUUUGUUCCUUCUUUGCCUUGCCUUUCUUUCUCUUGUGUUGACAGUUCUUCUUUGAACUUCCAUUGUUCUUUGGCUAGUCUUGUUCCUUUGCAUGGUAUGAAUGUGCACAGGCGCCAUGCAUGCAUUUCUCUUGCCAUUGCUUCUCUGUUCAGUGUCUCUAGCUUGUAUGAGUUCCUGAGUCUUGUGGUAAUAUGAUGGGGUGGUGACCAUUUAGGGAGUAGCUUGCAUUUGGCAUUUAAUGUAUAGUCAAGUUUACUGUGAUAAAAUUGAACUAAUUGUCCUACAGAAAAAAUGACUUCACCUGGUGUGUGUUCUAAGAUGCAUUUGUCAAAUGUGGCCUUGCAUUUGAUGGCAUGUCAGACUGCAGCAUCGUAACCAUCUAGUUGCUGUUGUGCUACAUACACCAUUUGUGCACUGACAUCCGA